GUUAUCUAGGAAACGAGUUCGAACCGUCAUUGCAGUCAGUUAAAGGUUUGACAGUUCAAUGAAUCAGUUUUUUCUUCUUAAAUUUAGUGAAAAAUUGUGUUAAAGUUGCUCAUCAAUUUUUUCAUAAUGAAUAUAUACUUAUUCAUCGUGCUCUAUCAUACAGUUUGUGUAGCAGUUGACCGUGAAAAUGGCACAAAUAUCAGAAUAAGUCUCCGAAUAGACGCUACUGAUGAUCAAUUUCCGUUCCAAGUAUCGCUGCAAUCGUAUGAUAGACAUAUUUGUAGCGGUGCUAUCGUCAACAAUCGUUUCAUUUUAACGUCUGCCAGUUGUGUCCAUGCUCAAAGUGCUAAAUGGAUUUAUGCCGUUUUGGGGAGACUUCGACUAAACCAACGAAUUGAUAUAAAAUAUAUCAGUGAACAUGAAUCAUUCAGUGUGGUCUCGCUGAAAAAUAACCUAGCACUAUUGCGAACAGUUCAAGAAAUAAAUUUUUCACAUUGGAUUCAACCAGUGCGAUUAUUGUCUUCAAACUUGACAGAUAAUGAAAACCAUGAACUUCAAUUAUCCGGGUGGAAUGAACUAAGAGUGCGAGAUGGGUUGCAAUAUCAAAAUGUUAGUUUUGUUCAGUGCAAAGCAGAAGACACACAUUUAGAUAUCUCUGAUGGAGUUGUUUGUGCUGAAAAUUAUGAGUCUCUAAGCGAUUUUCGUCCAGACAAAGGAAGCCUUUUGUCAGUGAAAAGUUCGGACGGGCGAAAUUACUUGGUGGGGAUAUUAUCACGCUAUCAUACAUGGGUAAAUACACAAAUUUCAGCUUCAAUUUUCAUAAUUUUUCACUCGGAUCACGGCCUCGUUCAUCAUCGUGGAUUUUUCAUUUCAGAAUACAGAUGAUCCCGAUAUUUACACUCGUAUAUCAUCAUUUUUUCCAUGGAUUGAAGAAAAUUCAAAGUUUGAGGAAAUCAACAAGACUCCCGCCAAAUUGAUUAUCAUUUCGUUUUUUUCAGUAAAAGUAUUUUUUGUGAUUAUGGUUCUGGUGGUCAAAUAUGCGAAAAGUGGAAAUAAUCAGAGUGAAGCGUCAUCGCAAUCACCGGCUGCCACUUUAUCACCUAUUGUCUCAAGUAUAAGUCGUGACUACACCACGCCUGUUUCUAAUCUAAAUUCUGGUGUCUCACAACCAUAUGUUUCAUCUACAUCCCAUAUGGCUCCAUCGACUCAUACAUCAUCUCCUGAUGAUCUCCCACCAAAAUACGAAGAUUUAUUUCCAAACAAAUCAGACACCUUCGUAUGAUCAACGUCUAGUUCAAACGAUUGAGCUUUUUGCGCAACAAUGAUUAAUAUCCCCGGUGGAUUCAUACAAGUGAUAAGCCGUAUCAAUAAAUUAAAUGUGAUAACAAUUGAAACCAUUUCAUGAAAUAAGAAAAGAGAACAAAAAAAUUAUGAAAAAAAUUCAUUGAAUUAUCUUGUGAGUCUUGUUUUGAGAAUAUUUUUGAAAAAUUGACAAAAGAUCAUAUCGGAAACUGAAAUUUUGUGCCCUUCGAACGAAUGUAGAGGUUAUAUGCGAAAAAAAAAUGUAAUGGGAUUGUCAAUUUCUGCGCACUAAAUUCCCAAUCGUUUCGCUUUACAGACGGUCUGUGUUUCGUUAUCAUUGUCUUGAUUUGAUCGUCACAUUGAGCGAAUCGUGAUUAUGACAACAAAAAUGGAUUGAACUUUGGUGCUGUUCAAAAAGGUACAAAAAAAAAUGCGGAUAAAUUUUUGAUAACUGAAUUUUUUCAACUGAUUAAAAUUGAAUCAGUCAGUAAGGAGCUACGCUCUGAUUAAAACUGUAUGCUUAAAUUGUGAUUUAUCGAACAAAUGGCAAUUGAUAAACAGGACGCAAUUAUCAUACAUUUUUACAGCUAUAUAUCAAUCUAGUUCCAUUCUUCGUUGUAGACACUUAACAUUUAGAUUGUUCCAACUGUUCACUGAUAAUUUUUGUUCGCAGAAUUUGUAAACAUUUUCUUGGAAUUUCAAUUUUAGCAAUUCACCAUGAAGUUCUACUUGAUUAUUGCGUUAAUUUAUACGAUUGGUACGGCAGCUGAUAAACCCGAUAGUGAAAGUAGUACAAACAAAGAAUCAAGUUAUAUAACAAUUGAUCCUGCAUAUUAUGUGUAUCCAUUGUUGGGCAUUAUGUGUGUGAUAGUGGCUGUGUUGGUCAAAUGUAGAAAAAGACGAGGUGAAAGAAGCUGUACAGUAUUGUCAACAGCAACAGUACCUUCCUUACCUACUGUACGAAGUAUAAGUCGUGACUACACCAUGCCUGUCUCCAAUCUAAGGCCUAUAUGUGUAAAUUCAAGUGCCUCCCAACGAUACACCAUACCUGAACCUCUAUCAUCAUUUCAACUACCACCAAGCUACGAAGAAUUGUUUCCCAACAAACCGGACUUCAGGUCGCCUCCAUAUAAUCAACAUCAAAUUCAAAUAAUCUGAUUUUCGUGGAAAAUGACACGUGUAGCUUAAAUGCACGUCCGACUCAUCGCCGAACCAAAAAAAGAUAACAAAAAAAAUAAAUGUGAUAACAAUUAAAUUUCAUGAUAUCAAAUACAUUAAAUUUGUCCACCUUA